CUUCUCUUCUGCUUUGUAGGUUCUGGGUGAGAUGACUGAGCUGCUCUCCUCCUGUAGAAACUAUGAUAACUACCGGCGAGCCUAUGGGGAGUGUACCCGCUUCAAGAUCCCCAUCCUGGGGGUGCACCUCAAGGACCUCAUCUCCCUAUAUGAAGCCAUGCCCGACUAUCUGGAGGAUGGGAAGGUGAACGUCCACAAGCUGCUGGCCCUUUACAAUCAUAUCAAUGAACUGGUGCAGCUGCAAGAGGUGGCUCCACCCUUGGAGGCUAACAAGGACUUGGUGCACCUGCUGACGUUAUCCCUAGAUCUCUACUACACUGAAGAUGAAAUCUAUGAGCUUUCUUAUGCCCGGGAACCAAGGAACCACAAAGCCCCACCACUAACACCUUCAAAGCCACCAGUAGUAGUGGACUGGGCCUCUGGAGUAUCUCCCAAACCUGACCCAAAGACCAUAAGCAAACACGUCCAGAGGAUGGUGGAU